CAACUCAUCUCCGUUCUUCAGGACUAAUAUUCUUUUUCGAUUAAUAAUAAUGCCAGAGUGAGCGAAGAGUUGUGUUCUACUGCUAAACUUCCCCCAAUCUCUGUUAUUACUUAUUAUCCCUGCUCCACACACAUUUAUAUGAACUCCAAACCAUCACUCCCUACUCGAAUAGUCAAUUCAAUAUGUGAUCUAAUCUCUGCACCGUUCGACUCGACUGAAAAAUGGGUUGCUUGAUGAGUUGCAGCUCGUCCGCCAAAAAAACCACCACCACUACUCUUCCACCACCGAUGAUUCCACCGCCACCCUCGCCGCCCCUACAAGGGAUGUCAGCCGCCCGCUGUCUCGCCAAGAAGCCCAAUCCUACGGCGGAGAUCCACAAUGGUACAACUACUCAUCGGAAAGGGAAAGGGGUCCGCCGUCAGCGGCAGGACGACAUCCCCAAGCUCCCCAAGACCUUCUUCACGAUGGGCCAACAAAGCAGCGAGGGGAACCGCCCAUUUACUCCCACCACCGCCGACCCCUUCAGCGAGUCGAUUGCUGAGUCGACCGAGUCACCGAUUCACUCGGGGAUCUAGCGACGGAAGGAGUUGUUUACACCAUCCCUCUCGCCUCCGAAUUCGGCAGCUUCACCUACCCUUCCCCAAUUGCGCCCGCCACUCCGCCGCUGAAAAGGGAUUAUGCGGCGGUUCCGGAAAUAAGGGAGGCGGAAAAGGCGAAAAAGGUGGGGUUAUUCUCUAGAGAGAGGCUGGAGGCUUUCACGGAGAAGCGGAGGUCAGCGGUGGCGGUGCGGCAGAGGAGCGAAAUCGGGUUCGGGUGGGGAUGUUUCAGAAAGAUUUCGGAGGGGAGGUGUUGCCGGCAUGGAUGCCGGUGGUCGGGAGAUUCGCAAUGAGGAGUCCGGCGAGAGGUGGGAGUCGGGUAUGGGGUUUGUAGAAAAAAAAUUAUAUUUUUAGAUUUUUUAUUGUUUAAUGAAUGUAAUAAUGAGGU